AGAGAGAGAGAGAGAGAGAGAGAGAGAGAGAGACCUGGGAUUUAGAUUGUGGGGCAGCAGGAGAGAGGGGAGGGGAAAAGUUGGACGCGGACAAUCUUGCUGUAACUUUUUUCUUCUUUCUUUUCUCCGUUGAAGAAACUUCAAUAAAAAAGUGAAAAGGACAAAAAAAAAAAACCCACACUGGAUUACAUUUGCAUCGUCCCACAAGAUUUCCAGUCUGGUCCUUGGACACGCAUUUAUUUACGGAUUCAUGUGGUCGCAAACUUGUGGAUUUAUCAAUAGUUGAAGCUGGUGGUUGAGGUGAGGUGAGGUGAGGUGUGUUCAGAGGAGUGAAACCAUGUGGCUUCUCUGCUCCUCUCUGACUCUGCUGGCCCUCAGCUUGGGUUCAUGUGACACGCUGACAUCGGAGCAAGAUGUUCUAUGCCCAUCCAUACAAGUGGAUGAGUGGAAGUUUCCUCAGACGGCCAGGCACAAUAUCACUGGUUUUAAUGUGGUGAGGAGAUUUUCCCUGCUGAAGAGUCCAGAUGUCAAGAAGAUCCGUAACCCUCGUGGACCCGUCAUUCUCCGCCUGGGCAAGACUGCACUCCUACGCCCCACCGAUCAUGUGUUUCCUCAUGGCCUACCUGAGGAGUUCACCCUGAUCUUCACCCUGGCGUUAAAGAAGGCUGCCCUGAGGGACACCAUCUACCUCUUCCAGAUAUCUGAUCAGCAGGGAUACCCAAAGCUCUCUGUAGACCUCAACGGCCCUGAUGGCACCCUGUCCCUGAGAGCCAGAGGGGUAGACCCCAAAUCUGACCUGGUGAGCUGCGUUUUCAAUGGGGAGGGUGUGGAGUCCCUGAUGGACCUACGCUGGCACAAGGUGGCCAUCAGCGUGCAACAUGAGGCCGCCUCUCUCCACGUGGACUGCAGCUCCAUCGAGACAAAACCCCUGGAGCCCCGUGGAGAUCUGCCCACUGACGGACACACUCUGCUGGGCAUUCGGGCUUCAAAUGCUCAGCCUGUGCAGAUGGACAUUCAGCAGGUGAUGCUCUACUGUGACCCCUCCCUUGCCAUUCAGGAGGCCUGCUGCGAGAUACCUGGGGCUCGGUGUCCACCUGAUGCUCCCAAGAGUCGACGUGCGGCUGAGAAUGACCUGGAAAACACAUUUAACCAGGAAAUUUUUGCUUCCAAGGAUCUGGCAGAGAAAUGUGCUGGUUGUUUACUCCUCAAUAGGGAAGAAAAUAUAGUAAAUCUCGGUGAAGCGCCUGGGUUAAAAGGGGAAAAAGGCGACCGGGGUGAUGACUGUUCUGGCUCCCAUUCAGGUCCAUGCGCAGAGGGAUCCAAGGGCCAGAAGGGAGAGAAAGGAGAGCCGGCGCAGCCUGCCAACUGGGGCGAAGCAGUUGGGUACAAGGGAGAAAAGGGUCAGAAAGGAGAGCUUGGUCCACAGGGUCUCAUUGGCAAUCCUGGGAGGGACGGUCGAGCAGGGUCCAUCUGUGUAGUCGGCCCCAAAGGACAGAAGGGUACCCCAGGUUUGGUGGGUCCUGAGGGGUUGGCUGGAGAGCCAGGGAAGCCUGGACUGCCAGGCCCACCAGGAAUUGGACUGCCAGGCCCCGCGGGACCUCCUGGUGAACCGGGUGGUGCAAAAGGAGACCAGGGCGAUACAGGACCUGCGGGAGAAGAUGGAUUGUCUGGAGAUCCAGGACCAAGAGGACCAGCAGGAUCUAAAGGAGAGAAGGGUGACCCAUGCGAAGUGUGUCCCGUGCUGCCUGCAGACAUGGGCAACACAGUGGCUCUGCAAGGAAAGCCUGGCCCUAAAGGAGAGCCUGGAUUACCUGGAAUAGGAGAUACAGGACUGCCUGGGCCUCAAGGUACAGAUGGCAAGGCGGGACAGAAGGGAGAACAAGGAUCAGAAGGUGCCAAAGGUGAAAAGGGUGAGCCUUGCUCUGUGUGCCCCACUCUCGGAGAGUUGCCCGCGAACAUGGUCCCAAGUGUCAUGACCCAAACCCUGCAGGGCCAGAAAGGAGAGCCUGGAAUCGGACAGAAAGGAGAACAAGGGAAGUUGGGAAAAGAAGGAUCACCUGGCCUUAAAGGAGAAAUGGGUAGUGCGGGGAGCAAAGGAGCUGAUGGUAAGCCGGGAAAACCUGGACCAAGGGGAUCCAGUGGCAAGGAUGGACAGAAAGGUUCGAAGGGAGAGCAAGGACUACCUGGUCUUAGUGUUCCUGGCUUUAAGGGUGAGAAGGGCGAGUGUGGUGUUUGCCAGCCAUCUGAGGUUGGCAGCGGUCCUCCCAUCAUCAAAAUGUCUGAGGGAAUAAGAGGCGAACCAGGCCCUCCAGGGCCCCCCGGACCUCCAGGGCUUGGGGCCGAUGGCAAACAGGGCCUGCUGGGUCUGCCUGGUGCUACAGGAGAAAAGGGUGACCAAGGAGAGCAAGGGGACAAGGGAGUGGAUGGAGCUCGUGGAGAACCAGGACUGCCUGGAGAGCCUGGACGGGAUGGAGUGAUGGGCUUGAAGGGAGAGAAGGGUGAUGCUUGUACCAGCUGUCCAUCUCUGGGCACUGCAGUGGGUGAUGGUGUAGCUGUGCCAGGACCCAAAGGAGAGAGAGGAGACCCUGGUCCCUCAGGAGAAGGGAAGCCUGGAAAGAAUGGAAAACCAGGCUUACCAGGUGUGCAGGGACCUCCUGGUCCCAAAGGAGGCAAGGGAGAAUCUGGAGUUGCAGGAGUUGGCCUUCCAGGACCACAAGGUGAAGAGGGACCAAGAGGGCUUCCAGGACCUGUAGGACCUCCUGGAACCAGAGGAUUGCCUGGCCCUGUUGGACCUGCAGGGGAAAAGGGCACAAUAGGAGAUGUUGGACUUCCAGGACCACAGGGGCCAAUGGGCAUUGGAAUUACAGGGCCCCCGGGCAAAGAUGGAGCCCCUGGCUCUAAAGGAUUGCCAGGAGCCGACGGCAGACCUGGACUUGAUGGAGCUAAAGGGGACAAGGGUGAACCUGGAGAGUGCAACUGCAUAACGCCGGGGCACAUGGGGGUAGGCGGACCUGGAGCUCCAGGAACUCCAAUAAACACAUGGGAGCCUGGGCCUCAGGGGCCCCCGGGACCUCCUGGCCCCCCUGGUCCACCUGGGCCUCGGGGAGUAAAUGGAAUCCAAGGACCACAGGGUAUCCCUGGAAACGACGGGAUACCGGGGAAACCGGGUUUGCCUGGAUACAUCAACCCUAUCGGACUGCAGCAAGACUCCAAUGGAGGAGAUGAUGAUGAGGCCUGUGUUGGGGGUUGUUCCCAUGGGUUGCCAGGGGUGCCAGGCACAGUUGGUGCCAAGGGAGAAAAAGGAGACCAGGGCAAGCCUGGUGUAACCCCCGUGGAAGGCUGUGACAGGUGUUUCGAGAGACUGCAGAGGGAAGAGGCGACACAAGCAGUGGUAGACCGAUCCUGCGUAGGAACACCUGGAGUUCCAGGAAUUCAUGGAUCACCAGGAACAAAGGGAGAAGCAGGUACACCAGGAGAGAGAGGCCACAUUGGACCACCAGGAAACAUGGGACCUCCUGGUUUCCCAGGUCCUCAAGGCCCAUCUGGCUUACCUGGUCAGCAAGGUGAGCGUGGGUCACCUGGACUCGCGGGAAUGAAGGGCGAACAGGGCCCGCCGGGGACAGCGGGGUAUCCAGGAACCAUGGGACCGCCUGGACUGCCUGGACUGAAAGGCGAACGUGGGAGCCUAGGCAGCAGUGGUCAGAAAGGAGAAUCAGGCUCUCCUGGUACCCCUGGAUACCAAGGACAGCCUGGCACACCGGGUAUUAAAGGAGACACAGGACCAGGAGGACCUGUUGGACCCAAAGGAGAUCAGGGUUUCCAAGGGCAACCAGGUUUUCCCGGACCACCAGGUCCACCAGGUUCCUCUGGCAAAACUGGAAGGGAAGGACUUCCUGGGCUCAAGGGUGAAAGGGGCAGCGGUGGCACUCAAGGCUCUCAGGGACCAACUGGAGCCCCAGGCUCACCUGGCCCCCCAGGGCUGAUGGGCCCCCCUGGCAUUGAAGGAAUGGAUGGAAAAGAUGGGAAACCAGGACUGCGGGGAGAGUCAGGCCUACCAGGCCCAGCAGGACCACGAGGAAUCCCAGGAUUCAAAGGGAAAACUGGCCAUGUUGGCUUCCCUGGACAGAAGGGUGAGGCUGGGCCUAUAGGCCCACAGGGAUCACCAGGCAGACCAGGACAUGACGGUGAUCCCGGACCCCCAGGAGCUCAGGGACGACCUGGACCCCCUGGCAACAUUGGUGCUACAGGUCCAGUUGGACCUCCAGGACCUGCUGGUCCAUCAGGAAUGGGUAUAAAGGGAGAUACGGGUCAGAAUGGAGAGAGGGGUCUCCCAGGAAUGGUAGGACCUCCAGGAACACCCGGGUACCCAGGGGCCAUGGGAGAACCAGGCAGUGAUGGCUCUGCUGGUAAAGAUGGGGUGGCAGGCAUGCCAGGGGAGAACGGAAAGGCUGGUCAAAAGGGUGAACCAGGGGCCACGGGCCAGAGGGGACCUCCAGGGGAGAGAGGUAGACCGGGGCCCCCUGGUGGUGGUGUAGGAUAUCACGCCAAGGAUGCACAGCCCAUGAUUGGCCCAGUUGGACCCAGAGGAGAGAGGGGCAGCCCAGGCUCAUCAGGCCUCCCCGGGCCUCCUGGACCUGCAGGGUCACCAGGAAAUGAUGCUGUAGUCAAUCAUGAUGAGAUCAAGAAUUUCAUCCGCCAGCAGGUCAUCAAGAUCUUUGAUGAGAGAAUGGCCUACUACAUGUCUCGCAUGCAGAUGCCAGUAGAGAUGGUGGCAUCCCCAGGUCGGCCUGGGCCCCCAGGGAAAGACGGUACUCCUGGUAAUCCUGGAACCCCAGGUGCACCUGGCAUCCCGGGACAGAUAGGCAGACAAGGGCGGCCAGGAGGCCAAGGACCCCCAGGACCACGAGGACCCAGUGGAGUAAAAGGAGAUAAGGGUGUUGGGGAGAUGGGAGAUGCAGGACCUCCAGGAGCACCAGGUGUCCCAGGAGCCCCAGGCUAUGGUAAGAUGGGACCCCCAGGUCCUGUUGGCCAGCAAGGCGUUCCUGGGAUCCCGGGCCCUCCUGGGCAGCCUGGUUCAAAGGGACAUGAUGGCCGGUGUAAUCCUGGAGACUGUAUGGGCCAUCAAGUAGAAUACGCCCCCAAGGGCCCACCUAUCAAGGGCCCCUGGUAGAGGGCUAGAGGUGAGAGAUGCCAAAGACCAUGACCCAAAGUUAUUAAAUCUGACCACAAGAUGAAAUAAAGGAGCUGCCUCUGUUGUUGAAUUGUAUAGAUUUAGCCACACAGAUUUCUACUGUAGUUCUGUGCAAAAAUCCACAAUUCUUUUCUAAGGACCCCACUGGAACUGAGGCCUGAAAAGACACACCAGCAGCACAUUUUUAUUGCAUCAUUCUUUUUCACUAUGAAUGCCAAUUCAUUGACAUAUUACUGACUCUUAUUUGGUCUCACCUCUUUUUUCUCAGCUUCCCCUUUCACUGUUUUUCACUCCUUUGUACAUUUUCAAACAACCCAGGGGAGGUGACAAGAAUCACAAUCUGUAUUUUCUUCUCCUCGAUUAAUUCUGGCCUCUUCUGUUUUUUCAUUUUCUUUGUUUAAAUCUGUAGGAAGAGAAUACACACAAUUAUUGUAGCACUUUGCUUCCACCUCUCAUAUCUUUCUUCCCUUCUCACAAAAUCACAUUCGGAGUGCAUCCCAUGCAUUUCUAAUAUUCUGUCUCAGUGCUUGAGGUGUGAUACACAGUAUUUGAAUUUGAUUUGUAAGAAAAUAUCCCCAGAAAUGUCUAUUUUUGUUCUGUAGAAACAGAUGUCAAAAAUGUGCAUCCAUACCCUGUUUGAUAGAUUGACUGUUUUGUAUAUAUUUAUAUUUAUAUAUAGUGGCUUUUUAUACUUUUUCAAAACAUUUAAUAAAAGGCAUAAGUAUGGCUAGACACUUAUUUUUCAUUGUCAGUGGUAAUACAGCAAAUAAAAAAGCCAAAGGGAUAUUUUUCUGAAGUCUAUAAGCUUUGAAAAUGGAAUCAUGUGUUUAGUAAAAGACAAAUUAUUUAUAGAAGAAAAUUACGUUUACAUGAGAAAGCAUAUUGGCUUUUGUUAUUAUGCUAGAGUUCAUUUUGUGUCAUUUUAACUCCAAUCUUUUUGGAAAUGCAGCCAUUUUAAAGCAUUGUGUCUCAUUUUGUAUUCCAAAGUUUUCUUCCACUUGUUCAAGAAUAUAUGAGCAAUAAUUGAGCCCAUUCACUACAGGUACACAGGACAAACAAGAUAUUCUGAAAAUAAUGAAUCACAAAUUGCUUUAUUUUAUAGUUUACAUUUUACUGUAUUUUGGGAUUGUUAUCUGUUAUUUUUUUAUAAUGUUAUAUGUGGAAGUCUGUGGAGCUUUAAAUCAUACCAUCUUCAUAGCUAAACCUUCACUUAAAGGAACUCUAAUUCAGAACCGUCAGCUGUGGUCACACUUUGUUUCUAACAAGCUUACUCAUGUGAAAUGUUAAACUUAAAACUGAAUUAAAUUGUUUUUCAAAGAGGCUGUAUCACAUGGUUAUCAUUGUCAAAUCUGUGUUCAAAUAGCAGCACUGCUGUCCAUCAACUCUCCAGCCUGUGUAUAUGUUGCUUUGUGUCAUAUGUUGUUGUUGUCCAACCCAUCAUGUGCCUUACAUAUGUUGUUUUAUUAAACAUUUGAGGAAAAAAA